AUGGGUGGGAAGCAAUCCUCUUCUUCUACUUCGUGCUAUAACGAGAAGAGGAAGCUCCGCAAAGGAUUGUGGUCGCCCGAGGAAGACGAGAAGCUGGUGCAAUGCAUCACAAAGUUUGGGCAUGGCUCAUGGAGCAAUGUUCCCAGACAAGCUGGAUUGGAUCGCUGCGGCAAGAGCUGCCGGCUUCGAUGGAUAAACUACCUUCGCCCUGACUUGAAACGAGGUGGUUUUGGCGAGCACGAAGAGCAACUCAUCAUCGAUCUCCAUGCCAUCGUUGGUAACAGAUGGUCACACAUUGCCCGGCAACUGCCCGGAAGAACAGACAACGAGAUAAAAAACUUCUGGAACUCGGUGAUCAAGAAGAAACUACGGAAGAUGGGCAUCGACCCAAAAACUCACGCGCAGAUCACGUCACCCUCGAUGACCUCGCCACAAUUCAGCAGCAGUGAGCUCAUUAUCACCGAUGAUCAUCAGCAGAGUUUCGACGACCCCUCGGGUGUCAUAAGCAGCUUCAUGAAUCACGCUCCAUUCUCAUUCCAACAAGAUCAUCAAGAUCCUUCCACUUGUGCCACCAGCAAUCUUGUCGUGCUGCAUGGCUCCUCGUCCGGAUCCCGCGAUCAAGAGCUUGCUGGAGCCUCGAGCUCGGCUCUAGUCGAUCAUCGAUUUUACGACCCAGCAGAAGCAAUGGAUUACAACUGCGCGGAUUUCAACCAGGGUGGUGAUGAACGCCAUGUGAAUCAAGAUUCGUCUUUGCCCGCCAUGUCAUGCACUGUACAAAGUUUAGCAUACACCGGAGAUUUUCCAGGCGAGGCUUUGCUCUCGCCGCCUCUCCUGGAUUGCUUCCAUCGCGAAGAGCAGCACGAAGACGAGCAACCAUUUGUUCUUCCCGCAAAUGCCACUAGCUACAACGCAGGGGAGUAUUAUCCCCUUGGCUUUCACCAGGCAUUCAUGUGAUUACAAGUUGAUACAAAAUCUAUAAACUCGGCUCAGAUUUAAGCUUGUAAAUUCACGAGAAUACAUAAAAAAAAGCUAGUUUGUCACAAAGUAUAAAUCUCUAUCACUCCAGUGUCUAGCCUUUUCCGUUUGCGUUGGACUGUUUUGUGUAGUGGCAAAGU